UCUUCUUUAUAGAUCGAUAAACUACCUUUUCAUUUCCUCACUUCACUUCUCAGGUGUUUCUUUUCGUUUCUGUCAAAACCAAGCGUAAUUUUCCAGCCAAGUAUAUCAGCAAAGAGCCAGCUAGGUCUGAAGAGACUCCAUGAACAAUCGUGGUCAAGCUCGAGGAAGCCCUAGAGGCGCAAGAUUCUCCAAGAAUCGUGGUCAAGCUCGAGGAACCCCCCAAGGUGGCCGACGCACCGGCGAUCACCCUCCCCAUCGACACCGCCCUCAGGCUGGAGCUGGAACUUGCGGACCUUUUCCUAAUGAUUGUCCUGGUAGCAAAGAGCUCUGGUCUAACAGUGAAAUGGAAAGUCCCCAGCAAAUGUCACCCGGUAGCUUCUCAUAUCAUUCUGAGCGCAAGUCUGCCUUCAGAAAUGCACAUCGGCAGGAAUGGCAUCCGUCUGGAAGAAAAGACACACUUCCCUGUGUUGAGAGUUUGAAAGAAGGACAUAAAUCAACUGAGUCCGCAAGCCUUAAACCAAAAGAUUUAACAUGCUCAGUUGUUCCAGAUUCAAGCGAUGAAGGAGAUUUUCCUUCAUUAUCUACUCUGAAUCAUUCUCGGAAUUCACGUUUGGGUUUAGAGAGAAUGCAUAUAAGAGAAACCCCAAGUCAUAUGACAGGGGAUGGUGAAACUUCUUUGCCCUCCAAAUCUGAAGCCAGCAGUGGGGCUUUUCCUAUUAACAGUUUUGUAAACACAACCGGCCAUCGGAACCCAGAGCUUUCUGAACACCCGGCUUUUGAUUUAUGCCCAACUAAAUCUGGGAGUUGUGUUACCCUAAACCCUCCUCUGCUAGUACAGAAUAGAGAAAGGCGGAAUGAAAUGAAGCGCUCCAAGGAAAAGCAAAAUGGAAGUGUUUUACAGCCUGGAAUGGUUCUUUUAAAGGGUUUCCUUUCCCUCAGUGAGCAGAUCAAUAUAGUGAAGCUAUGCCAAGACUUGGGUUUGGGUCCUGGAGGUUUCUACCAACCUGGUUACCGUGAUGGAGCGAAGUUGAAUUUGAAGAUGAUGUGCCUCGGUAAGAAUUGGGACCCUGUGACGAGUAAAUAUGGAGAUCACCGACCGAUUGAUGGUGCUAAACCGCCCACUAUUCCCGUUGAAUUCUUUCAGUUGGUUGAAGGUGUAAUCAAAGAAUCUCAUUCCCUUAUAAGAAAAGAUUCUAAAGUUAGCAAUUCCGAAGACAUAUUUCCAAGGAUGUCCCCAGACAUUUGUCUAGUGAAUUUUUACUCAUCAUCUGGGCGACUUGGUCUUCAUCAGGAUCGUGAUGAAAGUGAACAAAGUCUCAAUAAAGGUUUACCUGUUGUCUCCUUUUCUAUUGGAGAUACUGCAGAAUUCUUGUAUGGCGAUCAAAGGGACGUUGAGAGGGCAAAUAAGGUUUUACUGGAAUCUGGAGAUGUUUUGAUAUUUGGUGGAAAAUCAAGACUUGUCUUUCAUGGUGUAGAGUCUAUACAGCCAAAUACUGGUCCUAGGACCCUACUGGAAAAAACAAAUAUCCGGGCUGGCCGUCUGAAUCUUACUUUUAGACAAUAUUGAAAACCCGGUGUUUGUGUAUAUGUCGUAGUCUUCUCUAGUUAAGAGUUAACAUGAAGUAACAUGCUAGCUUCAUAAUGUAAUGACAGUUUAUGUUGAUAUCAUGGAAAAUGGUUUAUGUUGCAAUUCAGCACUUUCAUUUUGGAACGAGUUCAGUUUAUUCA